AUGUUUGGACCGUCAUUAUUCCGUACAUUAAUAUUUGGAAGUGGUUCAAUAUUGAGCGGAAUCACUGAAAAGAUAAUUAAGUUAACCGAAUUAGUGAGCGUCAUCCCGCAGAAUGAAACUAUCAACGAGGUUUUGUUUUACGGAUCGGAGUACGAAGAAAAGAAGAAAGAGGUUGGAUUAAAUAAUCUAUUCUGCAUUUACUACGUCAUAAUCCAGGCUAGCUUCACUAUCGACGUCUGUGUCCCGAGUCUUACAAGCGACACUAUAUCGAAAUGCCUCAUCAACGUUCAAAAAAAGAACAAAGUCAAAAUUCGGAUAGUCGUUCACAAUGAAAAUGGUAAUUAUGAUUGUUUCCUGCAAUCGGAUAUCGAAGUCAAAGUUAUUAAAUCCAAAGUGAAAAUGGAGCAUGAAUAUUUAUUAAUAGAUGCGUCGCCGGAACAGGAGGCUAUAGCGGUCAUAGGUUCGUUAGAUUACGAAGUUGCUAGAAUCAAUUCUAACAGAGAUACGACGAUUAUUACAUCUGAACCUAUAGUUAUUGAGACUUUGAAGAAAGAGUUCGAUAGGAUUUGGAACUCAUCAGACAGUUGA